AUGAGGACAAAAGAAGAAAGAGAUGCUGUCAACUUGGAGUGGGCCAGGUUCUUUUAUGAGUGUGGCAUACCAUUAAAUGCCGUAAAUUCUAGGCAGUUUGAGAUUGCUAUAGAGGCCACUACACAAUAUAGUUCUGGGUACAAACCUCCUACCUACCAUGAGCUUAGGGAGCCAUUGCUCGAGAAGGUUGUUAAGGAGACAGAUGAUUUGAGGAAGAGGCAUGAGGAUGCAUGGAAGCAAUAUGGCUACACAUUAAUGUCAGAUGGAUGGACGGAUAGGAGAGGGCACCAUUUGAUCAACUUUCUAGUCAAUAGUCCGGAGGGGACUUUCUUCUUAGAGUCGAUUGAUGCAUCAAGUGAAGUUCAUGAUCAAGUGAUGCUAGCUAAUUUGUUAGAGAAGAGAAUAAGCGACAUUGGCGUUGAUAAAGUUGUGCAAGUUGUCACUGACAAUGGGGCUAACUAUAAGGCAGCGGGCAAGCUUCUCAUGGAGAGGUUUCCUACGCUUUAUUGGACAUCUUGUGCUGCAUAUUGCUUGGAUCUUAUGUUGGAAGAUAUUGGAAAGUUGAAGUCAUUCAAGAAGCCUAUCUCACGUGCCCGGCAUGUCACUACUUUCAUCUAUAGGCAUGGAAGACUUCUUAGUGCAAUGAGGGAGAAGACAUGUGGUAGGGAUCUUAUGAGACCAGCAGCAACUCGGUUUGCUACCACAUUUCUCACCUUGCAAAGUUUGCACAAGCACAUAGAUGCACUGAGAUAUCUGUUUACCUCUGAUGAUUGGACGAGUUGCAAACUAGCAAAGACAGAGGCCGGGAAAAAGUUUGAUUGGUGGCGUGCGUAUGGUGGCCGAUCCAUCGACUUACAAAGAGUUGCUAAGCGUAUUGUUAGUCUUUGUGCUUCAUCAUCUGGUUGUGAGCAUAAUUGGAGCACUUUUGAAUUUAUUCAUACAAAGAAGAGAAACCGGCUAGAGCAUAAAAGAUUGAAUGAUUUGAUUUAUGUUGCCUACAAUCGGAAAAUGACUAGUAGGUUCAAAAACGCCGUGAGGAAGCGGGUAAAAGCUAUGAUCCUUUGA